CAUUGAGGGUGAGCGCUUCGCGACGUCACACUUGUUGCUGGCCAUCUCACUGCUACCUAUUUUUCAGCUGCAGCCUUUCUCCUUUCUUCUUUCUUUCCUUAUUCCACGUUCCUUGCCAAGUAUAUACCCAGGUCUCGUUUGAUUCAGGCGUCGAAGCCAUUUGCCGGGGAACAGUUCGCAUUGUGGGGUUCCCGCGAUCAUCGAAGUAAGGAUCACCAUACCCCAGGCAUCAGACGACAUCCACGAAGAUCAGCGCAUUACGUGCGGAGAAUGGGGUUUUAAACGCCCCUCGACCGCCGGGGAAACGAGAGAGGAGUGUCAAAUCACGAAAUGAGUUUCGGCGCAUCACCAUCGGAUGUUAUAAUCGUUGUUGCGUUCUGCAGAGCGCUGCAUCGCAAAUGCAGAGACGCUGGUGGGGAGUACGAUGAGAUCAGAGAUGAAGUUCGAGGUCUGCAUACCGUCCUCAAACACCUGAAAUACGAAGCCGAAGCUCCCGAGUCGCCUUUAAAUCGCGAUCGUGCAAUAUGGGGUCGACAGCUAGAACCCAUAAUCGGGGACUGCGACUUCACAUUAAAACAACUUGAUGGCCUGUUGCAGAAGUACGAAAGGUUGUCAAGUGGGGGAGGCGGCGCAAGGAAGGUCAAGCUCGGGAGCAAUGACAUGGACACACUUGGGUCGAUCAGAGUGAAAUUGAUCAGCCAUCAGACGAGGUUGACAUCAUUUCUGGAUAGGAUUCAGCUACAUCAAUCUGGCGAGAUGGCGCCAACCUUGGACAAUCAGGAUGGACAGCUAGAUGUCAUUCUGGAUAAGGUGGAUGCAAUCGCUGCAAGAAUUGGCCAGAGAUCUGGAAGUAUCUUGACUGGUUACGACGAUGACGACAAAGAAGUGUGGAAACAAUUUCGACGAGAGCUUAUUAAGGAGGGAUUCUCGGAUGAUAUUUUGGCUCAGCACAAGGUAGUAUUACAUUUUCCAACGAUGAGUCCUGACCAUAUGCUAAGUCUGAUCUUUACAGGAUGUUCUCAGAGCGUAUAUACGCCAAAUAGACCAAGAGGGACUGUUGGAUGAGAUGCCCCCGCGACUCCUAGCGCCAGCUCAGCAGACAGGAAUUAAUCCGCAGCACUGGCUAGAUAACUUGCACCCGUCUCCUCCACCAUCCGAAGGACCUCCUCCAACUUUCGAUUCGCUGAAUACGCCAACGGAUGAUGGCAGUGCAAAGGAAAUGGUU